AUGGGCACCCUGCUGAUCUGGGUCAGUGAGCACUCGGUGACCGAUCUUCGUCCAUCAACAAGAUUGGGCUCCUUCGCAUGCCUCGAAAUCGGUUAUUCCCAGCUUCUUGGCAAUCUUCAUCAUCGACCUCUUCGGAUUGCGCCACACCGUAUCCCGUACAACUUUAACCCUUCUCGAGGAGGAUCGAUCACGGUACCGUUUGGGCAUAAAUCUGGCAGUACGACCAGCUUCCGAGCAGUUGGCGCUUCUUUUGCGACUGACGGUCAUGAAACGUCCGACUAUAUCAUAAUUGUCGUAGGGGUCACUCCCGAGGCAUCGUAUGGAACUAUCCCAUUCCCGUGGUGGGCGUCUUUCCCAAACAACUCUACAUCCUUGAACGAGGGAAUGGUGGUGAGAACGACUGAGACUUUUGAGGCUGUAUGA